AUGGACCGUUAUGUUGGUGACCCUCACCACCAGAGACGGAGAGCCCGUGAUCCUGCCACCACAUACCGUGAAGCGAUGGAGCGGGGUGUGCUCCAGCCUUUUCCGUCUUCUCCGUCUGAAUGGCAUCUAGAUGCGGAGCAGGCUAACGCGCGAGUGUAUUUGCAGUCUCCUGUGCCAUUUGCUCAAGUGCCAUGGUCCGCUCUCUGGAGCGCAGACCAGUAUGCUGCUUUCGAUUUGCCGUUCCCUAUGAUGCCUGCGGAUGAUCCUCUCGAGGGGUACCAGUAUCAUCAAUGGAUGCGACCUAGUAAUGACCGAUUUGGCGUCAUGGCCCGCUGGCCAACAGAAGGGAUCGAGGGGGCGGUCGGAGGUGCUCAUGCCCAGAACAAUGCCCAGGCGGUUCCUCCGAUCGCUUCUCCAAGUGCUACUAGCAGUGCUGCAACCGUUGCCGUGCUUGAGAUUCUGACACAGAUACAGGGAGGACCAACGCUGGACCGUUCACGACGUUCCCAUCGGCGACCGGACGUGCAUCUAGAGGUGGCUUUUAGCAGGACUCGCUUGCCCGGCCGGGCGGGUGCUGUUACCUGCUACUGGAAAGGGUGCGAAACCCAGAGCACUUUUGGUCGCAUGUUUUGCUUGAAGCGACACGUUGAGAAGCACCUGAACCUGCAACUGUACAAGUGUAGUUCCUGCUCCCGAACCUUUCAUCGGAAGGACAAGAUCAAGGAGCACGUGAAUGGCAGUGCCCGUGGGCGGCACACUGGCAACCGAACCUAA